AUGCCACCACGGACAAGAGUGAAAGGGAAGGAGAAGGAGCAGGAGAAGCAGGAGCAAGAAGUGCAGACCGUACCCGGAGGUUUGGAUGAAAGCGCUUUUGCGCAGCUGGCGCGGACACACUGGUUGAAGCCCUCGAAGAAAACAACGAAGGUCAAGGUCAAGCCUGAUGUGCUGAAAACUGAGAUAUGGGAUGUGUUAGAGAAGGACGAUUUCAAAUUCAGUGAUCUUCUGAGUUUGGAAAAUCUGCACAUUCUGGAGAGCUAUCUCUGGCCUGGCUAUACGGAAGAUUCGAAUAACCACCACGUUAUUCUAAUUGUGUUAAUCACAAAUGUGAAGGCUCGGGAGCAUCUGCAGACGUGGGGUAUAUUCGUAGACAACGCUGUCGAAUUUUCUGGCCUAUUUCGUCGAAUAUUGUCUAUGACACUGGACCUCACACUUUCUGCCAACAUCCGAACACACCUACUUUCAUUCAUUAUUAGCGCUUUCCAGUCACUCGAUAAUGGAAUCGUAAGGAAGGAAUGCGCCCCGCUGGUGUCCAUCUCGAUAUGGCAUAACCUCUCUAGCGAAGGGAAACGAGAAAGAAGGCUGGACCAGAGUGUACAAUUGCGCAAAGCAUGGAGAGCAGCGGCGAAAAGAUACGAUGCUGCGGAUGAUGUUGUAAAGGCAAGGUUAAGAUUCGAACGCUCAUGGCUCUUCACUCUAGUACUGGAUUUUUUCAAUCAAUUGUUCAAUGAGAAGAGUAAAGCAGAUAACGUAAUUUAUUGCGAACGAUUUAUUGAGUUCCUCUCCGAUCUCCAGAGCCAAUUGCCUACUCGUAGGUAUGUCAAUACGCUGCUCCAAGAUCUGAAUGUCCUCUCUGCCAUUCGAAUGUCGCCAGCUUUCAACGACGAAGACAAUGGGUUGCUGAGAGACUUGUACUCUUUGCUGAAGCAUUACACGCAUUUUCCAAUUGACGAUUAUACUGGUAUCCAGCACAGUCGAACGGAAGCUUACGAAAGACAUUGCGCAACCCUGGCCUCGUUGCAGCGUGUCGCGCUCAAGCACUUUAAGGACAAAUUGACUGUACUUGCGUUAUCGAAUUAUGGCUCAAUUGAUCGACGUUCUGAGCUGGAAGAUCAUCUAAGGGCCCUUACCGAUGAAGAAAUCUCAGAAUUGUGUAAUCUAUUGGAUCUUCGAAACUCAUACCCUGCAUCCACCAAAAUUGUUGCAGACCGUCAGUUUCUCACGGAAGUCCUUUUAUCUUCUCAUGAGAAGAGGAAAACCUUUCAAGAAACCGCCCGCGAUCUAAGCGUGUUACCGACGGAGCUCACACUCUUUGAACCAGCGCUACUACGAAACGACAAUUAUGAUGGCUCUCAGCCUCUAGCCAUCCCAAAACUCAACCUCCAGUAUCUUACUGUAGGGGAUUUUCUUUGGAGAUCGUUCAUACUCCAUAGGUGCGAAUCAUUCUAUGAAAUUCGAAAGCAUGUUGAAGAUGUCAUCAAACGAUUGAGGCCUACGGUAGGCCGAAAUGGCCAAACUGGUUUUGAUGGAUUCUCUAAAUUGGCCUUGCCGAUCUCUGGACCUGCUAUAAUGGAAGUAGUUCCUGCUUUAGUUGGCGACGAUAAGCCAUCGGCUGUCCGAGCUGAGAUCACUUUAGAUGUCAGUCGCUUAGCGGACAACGUUCGAGCAGAGUGGGAGUCUUUCCGUCAGGACGACGUGAUUUUUCUUCUGGCAGUACAGGCUCCGGACGAUCCAAAAGCUCUCGCUAAUGGUGGUAUCACUCCUUCUGAUGCGCAUAAACUAGGUAUCAAAUAUCUACGCGCGGCCGAAGUCACCCAAGUGCUGGACGACAAGGGACGCGUACUCAAAUAUCAGGGCAAUCUGAGUAACGGCCAUGGAAGGCCACGUAUAAGGCGGUUGCAAGUGAAGUUGGACGCAGCUAUGUACAAAGAAGAUAUGGAACGGGUGGGACAGGGGAAGCCAAACAUCUACGAGACUAUCAACCUUGUUGUCCGACGAAGAGGUCGCGAGAACAACUUCAAACCUGUUCUAGAGUCCAUUCGUAGCUUGACUUUGUCUGAUGUUCCUCUUGCAUCAUGGCUCCAUGAGGUGUUUCUGGGUUAUGGCGACCCCGCUGGAGCUACAUAUACUCACUUGUCGAACCGAAUCAAGCAAGUAGAUUAUCGCGAUACUUUCCUUGACUGGCAGCACUUGAUCGAGAGCUUGCCUGGCAAGACUGUAGAGCCCAGUGGUGAUGUGGACGGCAGCUUUGGCCCUCCUUAUGUACUUCAGAAUGUGGAAAGGAUCGCAGAAGCAGUGCCCACCAAACCGUCGAAGAAGAGACGUCGGGAUGCCGAGCCCGCUGCUAAAGUAGAACCGGAUGCCGUAGAAGUUGGCACAUACAAAUCCCCCAACAAUGGUCCUUACCCAACGGAUGCACCUAAGCUUAACCACGUUCGUUUCACUCCUGCUCAAGUUGACGGUAUUAUUUCCGGUACCCAGCCUGGUCUGACAGUCAUUGUUGGCCCUCCGGGGACUGGCAAGACUGAUGUUGCCACCCAAAUUAUUAACAACAUAUACCACAACUUCCCUAACCAGCGCACUCUUUUAAUUGCUCACAGCAACCAGGCACUCAACCAACUGUUCCAGAAGAUUGUAGCCUUGGACAUUGAUGAACGCCAUUUGCUUCGACUAGGUCAUGGUGAGGAAGAGCUUGAUACUGAGGCAAAUUUCAGUAAACAUGGCAGAGUCGAAUCCUUUCUGGAAAACCGAGGUAGCUACCUUUAUGAAGUUAACAGACUUGCAGCAAAUUUUGGGGCACCAGGUGCGCAUGGCGAUUCUGCCGAAACGGCGGGCUAUUUCAAUUUAGUCUAUGUCGAGCCUGCUUGGACUAGAUUUGAAGAAGUAGCAAAGGCUUCAGACUCAACACCCGAAUCCAUCAUGGAAGCCUUUCCAUUCUACAACUACUUUUCAAACGCCCCUCAACCACUAUUUCCACCUGACGCUGACAAGGAAACUAUCAUAGAUAUCGCCAAUGGAUGCUAUCGACAUGUCUCCAAAAUUUUCACAGAGCUUGCUGAUGUUAGGCCUUUCGAAAUACUGCAUCGUGAUCGCGACCGAUCCAACUUUUUGCUCACUAAUGAAGCGCGGAUUAUCGCCAUGACAUCGACUCAUGCAGCGAUGAGACGUCAGGAGAUCGCAGGUCUUGGUUUCCACUAUGACAAUGUCAUUAUGGAAGAAGCAGCCCAAAUAACGGAGAUUGAAAACUUCAUUCCUCUCGCAUUGCAGAAGCCUAAAAAUGGAGAAAUGCCACUACAGCGAGUAGUGCUUUGUGGAGAUCAUUUCCAGAAUUCGCCAGUCAUUCAGAAUCUUGCUUUCCGACAGUACGCGAAUUUAGAGCAGUCCCUUUUCUCUCGACUUGUCCGCUUGGGUGUUCCAACCAUUGAUCUCGAUCAGCAAGGUCGUGCUAGGCCAUCUAUAGCGUCGCUGUAUUCGUGGCGAUACAAGAAUUUGGGAAAUUUGCCAGUCGUUUCUACUGAGAUGGAAUACUUGACUGCCAAUGCCGGUUUCAAGUAUGAUUAUCAAUUCAUACAAGUCGAGGACUAUAAAAGCAAAGGAGAAAACGAACCAACCCCACACUUCAUUCAGAACCUUGGUGAAGCAGAGUAUGCUGUUGCCAUAUUCCAGUACAUGCGUCUUCUUGGAUAUCCGGCUUCGAAGAUAUCCAUUUUGGCUACCUAUGCUGGCCAGCGUGCUCUGAUAAAGGACGUAUUGGCCCAUCGGUGUGCCAAGAACCCCAUAUUUGGUCUCCCCAAAAUAGUAACGACUGUGGACAAAUAUCAAGGAGAGCAAAAUGACUAUGUGAUUCUCUCUUUGACCAGAACAUCGCGAGUCGGUUAUCUUCGUGAUAUUCGUCGUCUGACUGUUGCUCUUUCCAGAGCUCGACUCGGACUGUAUAUUCUAGGACGUCGAGAAGUCUUCGAAUCAUGCUAUGAGCUAAAACAAGCUUUUGAUAUUCUCCUAGCAAGACCAGAUAAACUGCAGCUUGUCACUGGUGAAUUAUUCCCCAGUCAGAGGCUUCUUAGUGACGAAGAAGGUGUUGAGGAACUCCCUGGCCAAGCACAAAUGGAGAACGUGGAGCACCUUGGAAAAUAUGUAUUUGACAUGACGAAUUCUAAAGUACAACAAUUGAGGGCUGAAAGAGGCUUGCCAGAAGCAGAGCUAAGCAUUAUGCCUAUUGAGGAAGAGGAUGAGGAGGUUGGCUUUGUUGAGCAGGAAGGCGAGGUGGAAGAAGAUGUGGAUGAAGCAAUUAUGCAGGAAGACUUUGAAGCAGAGGAAGAAUCGUAA